AUGAAUGCUGGGGCGGGGGGCAGUUGGGAACACGGUACGUUUUGAGUCGGAAUGCGAUACACUACUCCAGAUUGCUCUUCAGGUUUUAACCGGUCUUUGAUCUUCAUGACCCUGUUGCGCAUGGUGGCUUUGGGGCGGUGUGCGAUUCCAACCCCUAGCUCCGCAGCAAUGCGCUCGGUCGCUUCUGAAACACCCUUGAUGUAUGGCAGAGCAUGCCAUAUCGUCGGUGGCGUUGAUGUUACUUAAGAAUAUCCAGAUAAAUGCAGAGUUUAACUUAUCUUUGAAAUUGAGAUGCGCGAGGGGGUUGCCGGCGGGAAAACCUUAUAGACUUAUAACAUGGCGAUCACGUGCUUAAAAAUUAAUGUAGAAUGUGUGUGAUUGUGUCAAAGGUGGCAGUUUACGUUUCGUCCGCACACGAGGAAGCUGUGAUUGUUUCUUCUAUUAAAUACGUCGAAGCAGACUCUUCCUCUCAUAUUUUAUGUAAAGAGCGCUCAGUGGCAAAGGUUUUCCUCCACGAACGCAUUUUCUCUGACUGGCUCAACUUAUGUGAUUUGUAGAAUCGUUUUCCUCUACAUAUGAGCACAUCGUCAGAACACCGCGAUUGCUUAACAAACAUUUUUUCGAGAUUCAUGGCGGACUGAAGAGAUUUGGGCGUGCAGUGCCUUCGGUAUGUCAACAAGGCUAGUUUUCUUUUAAAAUUUUUCAAUCCUAAAACAGUACAGAGGACUGAAGUUACGCUUCUGGUAUGUUCUUGUAAUUGGUGUUACUCUAGAAUAAACGGAAACCUCUUGCUUUUCGACUUUCGUAAUUUGUGUGCCUUUCCGCCAUAUUCGCAAGUUUUUGUGUGCCUAGUCCGUAUCACAGUCUCUGUUUUUUCGUCAGUUUUCACGUAUCUUAUCUAUUUAAAUACGGCUUUUGCUUCUUUUUCCUCACUUCAUCUCCUUAGCAUUUGUCUCACCAUUAAUCGAUUAUUCGCUGUAUAUCUCCCGAAAUGUUUACGUCAUGGCAGAUCUCUGAAGAGCAAUCUGAUGGCGAGGUAAGGCAAGCUGCACGAGUAAGUUCUAAUUUAAAUGGUAAUGUGCUCAGACGUAUUUAAUUGUUUUAGGUACAGAACCUCUGGAUCUAUCCCCGAGGUUUUACUGUGCUAAAAUUCGGGCAAAAAGUCAGUGUGCUCCUUUCCGACCGGUCUGUACAUCAGGCAACAUACCCAGCUGCUUUCUUACCCCAGGUACUACAAUAUGGACGCUCCCUCCCCAUUCCCUUAUCUUCGGUUGGGAUUUCCACAGUUUCGGGAUACUGUGUGACUUGAUUCAAUUCCCAGAAAAACAACUCGGUAAUCCGCACGCCGUACGGGUACGGUCUGACUGACUGGCUAGAGGGCAAGCCCUUUUUGUUUGCGUAGUGCAUUCUCCAUGCAAACCAAAUAACCGAUUUCAUUGAAACGGCUUUAUUUACCUCGAUUUAAUGAGGUUUAUAUUAUGCCUUCUUCGGCCAUGAUAGUGCAACCCGAGCCACUUUUUAGCCGCUACAGGGACUGCAGAGUCAGAUGCUAGUGGGCACCCUGAUUGGUUAGGACAGCGUCUGCCUCUUCUAAGAAAGCUGUAUCGCUGCGUGUGCACCUAUGCGUGCAAAUGCACCUUAUGUUGUCAAACGAACAGUUCCCCUCUCAAGGAGCAUUCCGACCCUAAUAACAAUUCUGAUUAGAAUUUGAGCUGAAUCUAAUCAGAGUUUAAAAAUAUUCUUAUCAGAAUCUGUGCUGUAGUUGUCCUACUUAUCGGUACAGUUCGUAACCCAUGACGUUUAGUAGACUGACCAACUCAGGACGUCCACCGUUCCGCCCGUGAGACGGUGCGUGUGUGUGUAUGCAAAAUUGAGGGUGUUUACAACGGUCCCUCAAACAGACCACGCGGUAGAUGCGCAGGACCAACAUAGUGGUUAGAUCGGUGUCAGGCGGAUGUUACUGGGAAUGGGCACGCAUAACAAAUGCCAAUACUUGAGCUGUGGCGGCAAACCCAUCUGCGGGCUCAUGCGGCGCCAACUGGGAUCCAACUCGCCUCAUUUUAGUAGUAGUAUAGAAUCCUCUUCAGUGUCCGUUGUGGAUCAGGAGGGUGUGGUGGCACGCCAGCUUACGUUGUCGCCGUGCCAUCCACCUGCAUCCUCUCCCGUCUCCGAUUUUCUUGACACCGGAUCCAGAUUGGGGGGGGGGAGGGAGGAGGGCGGAAGAAGAGUGUGGUAGAUGUAGCGCAGAUUUACUACUAUAAUGACCUAAUUCACGUGCAAGUGGCCGCACCUGCUCCCACUCUGCUGCAGAUCAUACGGUGGACAUCGUCGGCAACGAUGAUCGAACUGUCAUGCAAAAUUUAGGCUGUUCGCAACGAUCCGUGACCGCAACAACUUUGGAAUCACUGCAGCCAGAAACUUGACUGCAAAAUGGUGCUAGGCAGUUGCGUGAUGCUUCUUUGCGACGAACUUUUAGAUUUUUUGUGCAUCAUUUCCCGCAUUUCUUUAUCAUUUUGCACAUUUUUCUCCACUUUUAAUUUAGGGUCCGUGGCAUUGCUCCCUAGUGCCCCGGCGCAUUUUCUGUGUGCCGGAAGUGCACGGACCAACAAAGGAAGAUUCUUAUGCACCGACAGAAAAUCUGGCAAACACGUGUCUUGACUUUUAGCCAAUACCUAUGCGGUCACUAUUGUGAAGCAUUUAAAAUAUUCGUCUUUUCCUAUAUUAUGGAUAAUGUAAUAUCAUUUUAUCUUAAUUCCAAAUCUCGAUUUCGUCGCUGGAAUUGUGUUUCACCUGUUUGGCUGCCGCCUGAAGUAACCCGUAAUUUUCUCUUUAAUGAUACAAUCGCACUUAGGGAGUGGUAAAUGAGGGAGGAAUUGUUUCAUAAUCGUUCGUAGGUAAUUGCACGCCUACUCGAGAUGUACCAAUGGCAUUUAUCUGUCCUGUGCGCCUUAUAUGUAGAAACCAGUGCUGAACGUACUCCGAAAUACUCUAGAAACGCACAGGCCUUUGACAAAAAUAGUUUUAUACCUUUUUACACGUAGAGCACUCCUGAGGUGUACUGCAGGAAGUUGGCCUCCAACUUCAUACAGAAAAUUUAGUGUACGGAAGAAACUUCUUAGGCAUUUGUGUUCUUAAAUAAAAAAUGGCAUCAUCUACUCCCGACGUUUGCGUGCUUCGACUUAUUCUGAAAGGUUUUGAGCGUAUGGCGUCAGGCCCAGUUAAAUUUCACAGCUUCUGUCUGUAAAUCCUGUCCCGUGCUGCAGCAGAGUGACAAAACGAACUACUGUCGUUUCGAGGGAGAGUCGUUUUUGUUGCUUAACCCGUUCUAUCUUCACACUUAUCGUUUACUCUGUGUUGUCAUUUUACCAAGCAGGAGGGAGGUCGGAAAGCAUCGUAGUGACUGAAACACUCCUUAUUUUUAUGGUGUGUUUACUUUUUCUAUUAUCCUUGCAACUGUUUACUUGCUCGUUUGAACCUCCCUUACCGUAAUCUCAUCUUUUCUUAUGAAUUUGCCAGUUGUAAAACGCGUUUUUCUUAAUUAACUGUAGGUAUGAAUUUCAUUAACCGGCCUGCGUAUUCGCUGAUUCUCUGUGGUAGGAACUCAAUUCUUCCUAGUUUGGUAGGUUGAAAACUAUUUUUUUUCUUCAUGCGUCCAUUUAGGUAAACUCCCGUGCAGUCUCCAUCAAAUGCUGGCCAACAAUCGAUAACCCUUGGCGAACAAACUUGGAGGUUCAGCAUGCUCCAGCGAAUAUACCUGAAUACUCAAUAUCAAAGGAGGAAUUCAAAUAUGUAGAACUCUUAAAACCGUGCGAUCUUGUUCCACCACCUCCUAGUGAUGAUAAGAAAACGCCAAGCGGAUGGAUUCCACCCAGACGUAAGAUCUGUUCCUUAUGUAUAGCUAGUUGUUUUUAAUAACCAACAUCUCUCGACAGAUCCACAGGCCCCUUCGAGAACUCUUAGCAACCUUACGCAGUUAGCCUUAUACACGACGGAUGGCCUCCUUGGCAGACUGCCGCUCAAGAAUGCAGUGGCAUUUUCUGCAUUUACAGAUAAGUCGGCUAAUUUGUCGACUUCGUUAGUCUUCGAAAUUGGAUGUUGGUAGUACGGUUUUAUCUGCAUAACCGAGGUCAACCAGUCAAGCCAUUGGUGCACAUUCAACCUCGCCAAAACCGCGAACCGUCUUCGUAGACAGUAUGCCACGCCUUCUAGCUAUCUUUGUGCUUCGAGCAUAGUACCCUGGAGUUUGCCAGCAGCUGGAUGCCUCGGUGCUUAGGACCUGGCUGCAUUAGAUCCUUCGUCAUAGGCUCUUGUAAAAGCCUUUACUGACUUGACAUCCGAGGUAUCAGAAUUUUAUUCUCUGUGGCUGUGGGGUCAGCGCGCAUUCUACACGCCGAUACGGAUGCAAAGACCCAGCCAACCAAUGUGUUCAUUUAUUUCUAGUCGUCCUGACAUGGUCUUCUAAUUAGCACAUAAUGUAUGAGGUGAGAGAGAUGGGGAGGGAUAUUAAUGCUGCAAAAUUCUUCAUCACAUUAGUCCAAUUCUCGCGCAGGUCACCUAGGAGGGCUAUGAUCCUCGUCCUUUUAGGCUGCCGAGCUAUUGUUUAGUUGGAAAUUUGUGACUGCUAUUUAGGAAUUAAUACGAUAUCAGUGAGGUGUCGUUAGUACCGCCAUGCAAAAAUGACAUUUGGCGCUACCGCCCCCUAAGGUGUCUGGCUUUUUGAGUUACUUCUUAACACCUAUCUGAUUUUUAUGGAUUAUUUUAAACUCCCAUACUUCCAGCCCAACUUUCGGCAAGAAAGCCUUACACUGUGACGCGCUCUCGUAAUCACAUGCUACCUGUUUACUUAUCCGUCAAAGAACGCAAGAGACGCGAGCAAACCUAUGGCAAGCGAAUGCUCACCGUAAUCACAAAGGUCGGCGGGGAUAUGCAGGUAAAAGUCUUCAUCUAUGUCUGCCUUUGUUCUUUCUCGCGCAUACCUGUAACCAGUCCAGUUUAUUUCAUUUGAUUGCCCAUUUUAGUUGCCACGUAAGUUUGGUCUGGUCUGUGUUAUCAUCUACUUUCUUAUUGGGAAUGAAGUUUUCCUUUUCUCACCCAUUAAGGCCCUCGCGUCCGAUCUGGAGGCGCUCCUAAAACCCAAAUGUGAAUCUGGUCUCUUUCUUUGUCAAGUGGACGAGGCAACUCGAAAGAUCAUAAUAGACGGCAUUUUCCUGGACGAGGUGUCUGCUUUUCUAAUAGAAAAUGGUUUUUAG